UAAAUUACAGUUUCUUCCGUGCGGCGGGUUUAUUUUGUUUAUAACUUGUACAUGUAGAAGACAAAAAUAAGAGACAUAUUAUAUACAUUAUAAUAACUACUAUUAUGAAAUAAUUUUAGUUACAAACAAUAAAGAAUGACUUCUAUUAUUAAAUUCCAUUGCCUCUCAGGGGCUGGAGACGAGUCUCCUCCCUGCUACGUGUUGCAAGUGGAUGAAUUUAAAUUCCUCUUGGACUGUGGAUGGGAUGAAAAAUUUGAUAUGGAUUUUAUAAAGGAACUUAAAAGACAUGUCAACUCUAUAGAUGCAGUCCUACUGUCACAUUCAGAUCCCCUUCAUCUCGGGGCCCUACCAUAUGCUGUCGGACAGCUCGGUUUAAACUGUCCUAUAUAUGCCACCCUCCCAAUAUACAAGAUGGGCCAAAUGUUCAUGUAUGAUCUCUACCAAUCACAUAAAAAUGUCUCCGAGUUUGAUCUGUUCACAUUAGAUGAUGUGGACACAGCAUUUGAUAGAAUCACACAACUUAAAUAUAAUCAGAGUGUUGAUAUGAAGGGUAAAGGGCUAGGCCUGCGUAUAACUCCACUGCCAGCCGGACACCUCCUGGGCGGAACUGUGUGGCGUAUUGCAGCCCCAGGGGAAGAAGACAUAGUGUACGCACCAGACUUCAACCACAAAAAGGAGCGGCAUCUGAAUGGGUGCGAGAUUGAGAAGAUUAUGAGGCCUUCAUUACUGCUGCUCGGAGCUAUGAAUGCUGAUUACGUGCAGCAGAGACGGCGGCUAAGGGACGAAAAACUUAUGACAACAAUCCUUAGUACACUUCGGGGUGGUGGUUCAGUACUGGUGUGUACGGACACCGCGGGACGGGUUCUAGAGCUGGCCCAUAUGUUGGACCAACUUUGGAGGAACAAGGAUUCUGGUCUUGUUGCAUAUUCUCUGUUGUUGUUGUCCAACGUCAGCUAUAAUGUUGUGGAGUUUGCCAAGUCACAGAUCGAAUGGAUGAGCGACAAAUUGACCCGCGCCUUCGAAGGAGCUAGAAGCAACCCUUUCGCGCUGAGGCACUUGCAACUGUGUCACUCCGUAGUCGAGGUCACUCGGACCCCGGGGCCUAAAGUGGUGCUGGCGUCCUUCCCAGACUUAGAGACCGGUUUCGCAAGAGAUCUUUUCCUGCAAUGGGCCCCUAAUUCACAGAAUUCUAUAGUACUAACUGCAAGGACCUCUCCGGGGACCCUCGCCAGGGAUCUGAUGGAGAAAGGCGGCGACCGCACUAUAGAAUUGACGGUGAGGAGGCGGGUCCGGCUGGAGGGGGCGGAGCUUGAGGAGUUCAUGCAGCAGAGGGUCAAGGUCAACAACUCGGUCAAAGAGGAGACCGGUGGUAUAUCAUCCGACUCCGAGUCCGAGGGUGAGUUGGAGAUGUGCGUGGUGACCGGCAAACACGACAUACCGGUCCGGGGGGACGCCAGGCCCGCGGGGUGCUUCAAGAGCAACAAAAGACACCACGCCAUGUACCCCUGUACCGAGGAACGAGCGAGGGCCGACGACUAUGGAGAGAUCAUACGGCCUGAAGACUAUCGCCUGGCGGAGGUCGUGGACGCCGAGGGAGAGAUUCGGGACGUGCCGCCCGCCCCCACACACACACAGGAACCGGAAGAGGAGAUAACAGAGAUCCCGAGUAAGUGUAUCACGGCGACCAAGCAGCUGCAGGUGAAGGCCAGCAUCCAGUACAUAGAACUGGAGGGCCGCUGUGACGGAGAGUCACUGCUGCGAGUGGUGGCGGCCGCCAAACCUCGGGCGGUGGUGGCCCUGAGAGCCGGACCUACGGCACUGGCCACCCUCAAAAAGCACUGUGACAGUGAGGGUAUCGAGAAAGUCUUCACACCGGGCCGCGGCGACACCGUGGAUGCGACCACAGAGUCUCAUAUCUACCAGGUGAAGUUAACGGACAGUGUGAUGUGCGGUUUGUCCUGGCGCUCGGCCGGGGACGCGGAGCUGGCGUGGCUGUCGGCCGUGGUGGCGCAGCCGAGGACCCGGGACACGCCCAGCGAGGAAGUGGCGGAUGUGGAGAUGAUGUCGCUGGAGGCUGCGGAGGGCGUGCCUCACGGCGCGUGGUUCGUGAACAGUGUGAGGCUCUCGGAGCUGAGGGCGGCGCUCGCCCGGAACGGCCUCGGGGCGGAGUUCAGUGCCGGGGCCCUUGAGUGCUGCAACGGAACCAUCGCUAUACGGAGAUUGGAGAACGGUCGCGUCGCCCUCGAGGGAGUGCUCUCUGAGGAGUAUUUCAAAGUGCGGGAACUUUUGUACGAUCAGUUCGCUAUAGUGUAGAUUUAAGAAAAAAAAUACUUCCAGAACAAUAAUUCAUAUUUUUCUUUAAUGUGUACUAAUUAUUCACUGGUUAGAAUUUUUUUAUUUCCUCUUUAUCAUGUUCUUUCUAAGUGAUAAAUGUUUUUUACACGAGACACUGGUGGAAACGAGAGGAAUAAUGAUAUAGACAAAUAAACAAUGUCUCUUACUGUCUCAGCAUAGAGAUAAAGAAAUAAAAAAAUGGCAUAAAAAUUUUAUAAUUUAUUUCACAAUCGUCGAGACCGGUUUGUAGUAACGUCUUGUAAACAAAUAAACAUACAAUUCAUUCAAUACAGUAUGAGACCGCGGACGGCUCCUAGUGGAAAGGAUCUGUCGUUACUAUUGAGACUCGACUCCAGGAACCGCCGGCAUCGGCGCACAAAACACACCGACGCGAGUCUGCUCACUGACGGGGAGCCAAACAGAUCGCGUCUCGAUUGAACCGCAGCCUCGCCUCAACAGUAACAUCUAACUGAAGCAUAAUAAAAAACGAAAACUUACAACUAAUCUGGCACAUCUCACAUUUGUACAAGUAUCACACCCGACGCUGCGGCAGCGCUUACGUUACGACUAUAAAUAACUCCAAUAUUCUUAACAUAAGAACAAAUACAGGGGACGCGCGCUCGGAGGACACGCGCUGACCGUCGCGCGCGCACUGAACGAUCGCUCGGUGUUUAAAUGCACACGCCCUCCCCGCACGGGCUGCGGCGAGCGGCUACAGCUGGCGGACAGCUGGUAGCUUGACAUGUCGACGAUCAGUAGCUCAGUGCGAGUUAACGACGACCUGAGCACGGACAGUUCAAAGUAUUUUGUUUACUAUCAGUAGUAUGGUGUGCGAUGAUUCAUGAAUGGAAUACUACAAACUAUCCGUGCUCAGUGUGACGCUGCGGACGAGUGGUAAGGCUGUUAUAGUAAAGUAUCAGAAAUAUCACAUAAUUGACGAUCAUAUGCUAUUUUAUUGCAUCGUAAAGUAAACUUAAAAAAAACAAUUCCUACGAGUCUUAUUCUACGAUGGUUCAGGAUGUGGGACGAGCGGAAAUUACGUCAUA